AUGUCCGCCUACUCAGAUCUACCGCCCCCUCAGCACCACCCUACCCCCGGCCUCCCCUCCCCUAGGCCUCUCACCUACAACUCCACACACACCCACCUCCUCCUCUGCGCAACCGGCUCCGUCGCAACAAUCAAGCUCCCCUCCAUCAUCUCCUCCCUCUCCCAUCACCCCGCUCUCUCAAUCCGCCUCAUCCUCACUCCCGCCGCAUGCACCUUCCUAGCCGGCCAAUCCACCGAACAGCCCUCCCUAGCAUCCGUAGCCGCUCUUCCCAACGUCGACGGUAUCUACACAGACGAAGACGAGUGGAGGACCCCUUGGACGCGCGGCGCGAAGAUUCUUCAUAUUGAGCUCAGAAGGUGGGCGGAUCUGAUGGUUAUCGCGCCGCUGAGCGCGAAUUCGUUGGCGAAGAUUGUGGGGGGUUGGGCGGAGGGGUUGGUGUGUAGUGUGGUUAGGGCGUGGGAUACAACGGGGGAGAUUGAUCCUGUGAGGCUGCCGCCGAGGCCGGGUGCGGCUGACCGGCUCGAGAAUGCGGGAAGUAGGGAACGGGAGUCAGGCAGCUGGGGAGAGGGGCUAAUGGGUGGUGGGAUUGAGGCAGUGGAAGGCACUCACGCCGGUUCUCGGGGGAGGGGGAAGAAGAUUGUACUGGUUGCGCCGGCGAUGAAUACGGCGAUGUGGAAGCAUCCGAUCACAAGGCAACACAUGCGAGUUCUUGAGAAAGACUGGAAUGUUAGUCAGGGCGGUUGGUUCGAAGUGCUGAGCCCAAUGCAGAAAGAGCUGGCGUGCGGCGACACUGGAGACGGGGCAAUGAAGGAUUGGAAAGAGAUUGUAUCGCUCAUUGAGGAGAGACUUGGUCUGACAGCGAGCACCAAUGGCGCAGGCGGUUAA